AUGUUUAUAAUUAACAUCCUAAUACUCACCCUCCCCAUUCUCCUAGCCGUGGCAUUCCUAACCUUAGUAGAACGUAAAACCCUGGGGUAUAUACAGCUCCGAAAAGGACCAAACAUUGUCGGCCCACAUGGCUUACUCCAACCCUUCGCCGACGCAAUUAAACUAUUCACCAAAGAACCCCUACGUCCAGCCACAUCCUCCACCACCAUAUUCAUCAUCGCACCCAUACUAGCCCUAAUCCUAGCCCUCACGAUAUGAAGCCCCCUGCCCAUACCAUAUCCCCUCAUCAACAUACACCUAGGAAUCCUAUUUAUACUAGCAAUAUCCAGCCUGACUGUUUAUUCCAUUCUAUGAUCCGGCUGAGCCUCCAACUCAAAAUAUGCACUAAUCGGAGCUCUCCGAGCAGUAGCACAAACAAUCUCAUACGAAGUGACACUAGCCAUCAUCCUCCUAUCAGUCUUACUAAUAAGCGGCUCCUUCACCCUAUCAGCACUAGCCACAACCCAAGAACAACUUUGACUGCUCUUGCCCCUAUGACCACUAACCAUAAUAUGAUUUAUCUCUACCCUCGCAGAAACUAACCGAGCCCCCUUCGACCUCACAGAAGGAGAAUCAGAGCUGGUCUCUGGCUUCAACGUAGAAUAUGCAGCAGGCCCCUUCGCCCUCUUCUUCCUAGCAGAAUAUGCUAACAUCAUCAUAAUAAAUAUACUCUCAACCAUCCUAUUCCUAGGAACAUACCACAAUCCUUACACACCAGAACUACACACAACAAAUCUCAUCCUCAAAACACUACUACUUACAAUAUCUUUCCUAUGAAUCCGAGCAUCCUACCCCCGAUUCCGAUAUGAUCAACUGAUACACCUACUCUGAAAAAGUUUUCUCCCCCUAGCACUAGCCCUCUGCAUAUGACACAUCUCAUUACCCAUCAUAACAGCAGGAACCCCCCCUCAAACAU